CCGUCGUGUGGUCGGCGUAUCGCACGCACGAGGAGACGCCGCAAAACUGCAGGCACGUGAAAAAAAAUUCCACCCCACGUUUUUAAACGGUCUGAUCGUAUAUAACAUGAAUAUUUAUCGUUUUGUAGGCUAGAAUGACUUUUAAAUUUACUACCAGUACUGGUAUUGUAGAAUUUCUUUCCUUUUUUUAAGCGUGUAUUUUCAGUGAGUCUCUUACCGGGUACCGAAUUUCUACCGGGUUGUCAAUUCCGAGGUGGCCGCAAAAAUGCCCAUCUCCGCUUUUACUUUAACGUUGUGGAUAUGGCAGCGGUGUUGGAGAUUGUUACCAUCUUGGAAAGAACUCCUAUUACAAAAGAAGCCCUUGAGACCACAAGAUUGGGUCGUGAUAUCAAUGAACUUAGACGUAAAACAAGAAAUGAAUCUCUUGCAAAACGAGCGAAGGAUUUGGUGCGAAGAUGGCGUGACUUGAUUCUUCCUCAGAACGAUGUUGCACAGACAGAAGCAACGCAACAAAAUGGAUCGAGUCGUAACUCAGCUCAGCCUUCUAGAGGUGGCAGUACAGUCUUAAGACCGCAUCCGAUUUCACCAGCCAUAUCCCUUCCCAACAGUGAUAAAAGUAGUGUAAGCCCAGUGCUUUCUACUAAAGUCGAGGCCGUUCCUAAAACACAUGCAGCUAACAAACGAUUACGGAAAGAGCCGAUUACUCCUCACGCAGUGCCUAGUAGCGAUGUGAAAAAAUCUAGUUUAGAAUCUUCUCCUGAGCUUCCUCCAAAUAAACGAGUCAAGUUAGAAGUAGCCUCACAAGAAACCACUGAUGGACCAUUACGUUUGAAUGGGGACCAUUAUGAUUCUGUCGGUUCUGACUGUGAAAUUGUAUCCGUCACGCCUGCACUGCCAAAACAGAAAACUAGGAAGAAGGCUCCAAAAGAUAGGACACAAAAAGAAAGUGUGGACGACAUAGUAAAAGAGAAAAUCGCUUCUAUAGCGAGAAUACCUAAAGUGAAAACGACUCAGGAGCUACUAGCCGGUUUACAGUCAAGAACUGGUGACAGCUCUUCAAAUAGUAUUUUACCGGUCGUAGACCACAACGUAGCAAAAAAUAAAACUGAACAUAUCGCAAGGUUUUUACGAUCGCAAGGUGAUGAAUCUGAAAUUAUCGAUGUAGAAAGUACAAACGAUAAUGAAACACCGAGUAACGUCGGCUCCAAUGAUGCUGCUACAGCCCAGAGUUCUGCUGUGAAAGAAGAAGCGCCGACUCUAAGAACUCCCGAAGAAAUUUUAGCUAGGUUACCUCCACUGGAUUUAGACUCGAUAAAUUGGGAUGAAACUCCGUUACCCUCUCCCACAACUCAAGAAGUGACAAGUGAAGAUGUUGACCGAGUACUUAAUCAACAGAUUCCAGGUCUUAACGGCAACUAUGAUGAAAGUUACAGGGACGAAAAAGUGUUUCGUGAGUGGCAUGAAGUUGUGUCUAGAACGUCUAUUAAUAGUGACUUAUUACAUAUACUGCCUUAUGUAGUCAUUGACUGAAUGAUUGAAGAUACGUUAAGUUGAUGUGCAUCCAAAAUAGUUUUAUAUUGCGAAGAAGGGCACACCAGUCUUUUUGUCACAAUAUUAUCUUUGAUGUAUAUAUAUUUUUUUCAUUAACAGGAGACUUUAGAUAUACCACCAAUAAUAUAUUUCUAAGAAUUAUUAUUCAAAUGUGCGAUCGAAGUGUUGUAUUGAGUUUUGAACUUGAAAUAUUUAAUUUUAUACCUAGUUAAUUGCACUUUUUUCAUGGACAAGCUCUUUUGAAGUGCCUACAGCCUGAACACGAUUUAUCUGUAUAGGCUAAUUAAUUAGAGCGUUAACAUGUUUUUGUUAAUUAUUUAUGUUAUUUGUUCUUUGUUCAUUUUUUCUUGUUAUUCCUGAGCGUUGUAUGGAGUACAGAAAGAUUGGUGUGACAAAAUUAAUCAAAUUAGCAGGUAAAGGUUUCUAAACAGAUUAUAUUAUUAUUAGUAUCUAGUCAGCCAAUUCUUCACUUUUAUCUGAUUUAUAUUAAUAUUUUGCAAUCAUAGAUAAUGUGUAGCUGAAUAUAUGUUUUUCUCUUUUUUUCCUUUUUUUUAAUUAUUUCAUAAUUAAUUGCUGUUAUUUUAGUUAUGAGUAUUUUGUUUUUAGAAAAUAUCUGUUUAACCAACCUACUAGAAAAAAAAAACAAAAAAAACUAUGUUACCAGUUUGACAUUCCCAACUUCUUCAAAAACAAAUUUAAAAAUUGGAUCACAUUUGUGCCCUGUGCCUUGUUGCCUCUUAAGGCGGCCUUUUACAUUACUGUCUCAUAAUAAUAUAGUCAAUGUUUACAAUUAUUAUAAAAUGCAUCUAAUUGGUUUUUGCCCAAAGACAAGUGUUAAGUUAUUUAGAUGGAUGAGGAAACUGAUAACAGAUAUACAUAUUCUUAACUAAAACAAAAAUAAAUCAGCAUAUUUUAUAGUUGCAUUUCACAAAGUAUAUUACCAUUAUUUUGUGAAAGUUUUGACAUUUUGAAACCAAGUUGAAAGACAUUUCUUUGUGCAUUUUUGCGAAAAUAAUAAUAGAUGUAUUUUACUAUGUGGUAAUCGUAUCAUUUAUUAGCAAUUGUAAUAUGCUACAUUAUGUAAAUAUUGGUAUAUAUUAUAUAAAUUUUAUCUUUU